UAUCAAAUCAUAAACAGAUGCUGAGCCCUUCACAACUUUUAAAUCCCGCGUGAAAACUUAUUCCCACUGAUAAGCGCGAUGACGACGACGGAACGUGUUGCCAAAGUUGUGCUCGUGGACAUCGAGGGCACCACAACUUCGAUCAAAUUUGUGCAAGACGUACUAUUUCCAUAUGCUAAGGAGAAUGUGGAGAAGUUCCUUCGGGAUUCUUGGGCAAGGGACGAUACCAAGCAAAUCGUCCAGGAUCUGCAGCAGGUGCCUCAGUUUGCUGAAUACAAGAACACAUUGAGUGCCCCUCCAGCGGAACUGGAUGCGGAACUCAUUACCGGCUUCGUGCGCUAUCUAAUCGACAAAGAUCUCAAGGUGACGCCGAUGAAAACGCUCCAGGGAUUAAUUUGGGCUCAGGGUUAUGCCAGUGGAGAGCUCAAAGGGCACGUCUAUGAGGACGUCCCAGCUGCAUUUCAGGCCUGGCGAGAUGCUGGUCUACAGAUUGGAGUCUACUCCAGCGGCAGUGUAGCUGCACAAAAGCUGAUCUUCGGCCACAGCAUUUUUGGCAACCUGAUGGAUCACCUUAGUGCCUAUUUCGACACGCAUGUGGGUCACAAGCAGGAGAAACAAUCUUACGAAAAUAUAUCAAAGUCUUUGAAGGUCGCUCCUGAGCAUAUUCUGUUUCUUACAGAUAUUCCCGGAGAAGCCGCUGCUGCUCGCUCUGCCGGAUUGCAAGCCAUUCUUCUUCAACGCCCUGGAAAUACCGCCUUAACCGACUCUCAGAAAACCACCUACGAGGUAAUCCCGGACUUCAAGCCCCUUUACAUUUUAAAACUGCCUUGAAACUAAUCUUUGAAAUGGACUAAUAAAGACAUGUACAACUCAA